AUGCGCGUUCAGGAGUCGCGCUGCAUCAACGUGCGCGUCUUCUGAGCUUUUAUUUAUACACUUUAAACCCAGAGCAGACUCAAAACGGUGUCGGAAUGCUGCCCAACGACACCUUCAAGAACCUGGAGGAUGGUUUAUAUCUGUUAAACUCCAGCAAUGAGACGCAUAACGGGGAUUCUCACGGCAGCAGCGCGAUUUUCAUCUCCUUCAUCUACUCCGUGGUGUGUCUAGUUGGACUAUGUGGGAACUCGAUGGUGAUUUAUGUGAUCUUUAGGUAUGCGAAGAUGAAAACUGCAACCAAUAUCUACAUUUUGAACUUGGCGAUCGCGGAUGAGUUACUUAUGUUGAGCGUGCCCUUCUUGGUCACCUCUUCUAUACUUCACCACUGGCCGUUUGGUUCCCUCCUGUGUCGCUUGGUUUUAAGUGUCGAUGCCAUUAAUAUGUUCACCAGCAUCUACUGUCUCACCGUGUUGAGCAUCGAUCGGUACAUCUCCGUGGUGCAUCCCAUCAAAGCUGCCCGCUACCGGAGACCCACCAUCGCCAAAAUGGUCAACUUAGCAGUCUGGAUGUUUUCCAUCCUUGUCAUCCUUCCCAUCAUCAUCUUCUCCACCACUGCGCCCAACUCUGAUGGGUCUGUAGCGUGCAACAUGCAGAUGCCAGAGCCCGAGCGCCAGUGGAUGGCCGUGUUUGUGAUAUACGCCUUUCUGAUGGGCUUUCUCUUCCCUGUCAUUGCCAUCUGCAUGUGCUACAUCCUCAUCAUAGUCAAGAUGCGAGUGGUGGCGCUGAAAGCGGGCUGGCAGCAGCGCAAAAAGUCCGAGAGGAAAAUCACGCUGAUGGUAAUGAUGGUGGUCACGGUGUUUGUGAUCUGCUGGAUGCCCUUUCACAUCGUGCAGCUGGUAAGCGUGUUCGUCCAGCAGCACAAUGCCACCCUCAGUCAGCUGGCUGUGAUUUUGGGAUAUGCCAACAGCUGUGCCAAUCCUAUCCUGUACGGAUUCCUGUCUGACAACUUCAGACGCUCCUUCCAGAGGAUUUUAUGCCUCCGAUGGUGGGAGAACGCCACAGAGGAGCCAAUAGAUUACUAUGCCACGGCCCUGAAGAGUCGGGGAUACAGUGUGGAUGACUUUCAACCGGACAAUCUGGAAUCGGACAGCACGUACAGGAAUGGCACAUGCACAUCCAGAACUACAACACUAUAGGCACUGCAGCCAGCAUAAAGACUUUUUUUUGUUAUCUGUUGUCAU